UCCCAGAGGCGGCGACGGCAGUGGCAGUGGCAGCAGCAUUCAGGCCAUAGAGGACGCAAUGAGCAUAUGAGCUCCCAUCCCCUUCCGCUGCACCCCAUGGACUGCCAGGGACCCGGGAGCAGCGUCGCUCCCUCCCGGGGCUUUGUGGCUCGCCUCUGGCAACAUCCGCUGGCUGCUGCAGCUGGAGCCUGAGUCUCUCUUUGCAACCCUACCCCCAUCCUCCUUCUUCCCCUCUGUCCUUCUCUCUCCACCCCUUUGCCCAGCAAGUAGGAGCCUGAGCCCCUCCUGCGCGUCCGCCACCCUGCCCUGCACCCGAAGCAUCCUUCCCUGUCUUUCCUCUCCUUUCCACUCUCCCGGUGACCGCGGGCAUCGCCUCCCGCCGCCUCCCAUGCUGCAUCCAGUCCCGGGCGGCGCCCCAGUGGCCGCAGCUCGGAGUUUGGUGACCUCAGCUGGGCGCUCAGUCUGGCCCCUUUCACGCUGCUUAAGCCCUACCAGUUGAGUUGGGGCAAGGGACUUGUAUAGGGGAAGCUCUGGAAUGGCAUCGGUGGGGGAGCCUGGCACUGUGAAGUCACCAAUCUCCCGCUAGCAGAGGAAGGGUGGAAACAAGAAGGGUCUUCUUUAUAUUGCCUUAUCUCCUUCUCUGCCCUAUCGCCCUCCCCCAUUACUUCCCUCCUUCCUCUUAAAAAAAAAAAAUUAUAAUUCCCACCGCUGCGGGUUUUGUUGCUGUCUUGGGAGGGGUGAAGAGGCAGCGAGCGGUGGUACCGGAGACAAAGACCACUUUGUAAAGGUAGUUGGACCGGGUGGGAUGUGUGUUUGCCCGUCCCUCGCCCCUUGUGGUGCCCACUUCCCUGUACGGUACAGCCGUAUAUCCUCUCUUUGCUAUCCAUCCCCAGAGGGAAAUAGCCAGUCCCCCCCACUCUCCCCCCAUCUCUCGGCCCUCCCUCUCACCUCCCCCCUCCGCCCAGUCCCGUCUCCCUCGGAAAAAGCUGCCAGCAGAUAGUGUGUUCCUGAAGCCGACUGGUCCAUGAGAGCCUUGGUCCCUCGGACUAAUGUCGUCUUGUGUGCCUUGUGGAGGAAUUUGUUCUUCCAGAAGCUGGAACUGAGGGGCACUAAGUCAGUGCGCACUGACUUGCCCUGUCCUUUUGAAGCUGAUCUGAGCUGUCAGGCUUCUGGUCCGUUAGACUUUUCUUUAACCCCAGGCUUGUGUCAUUGUUCUUCCAGAGAGCUUUGGGCUGUACAGAUUGUCUGUGUUUGUGUGCAGGCCUCUUAGGCUAUGUUUUUUUUAGCCGCUUCUGUUUUCUUUUCAACAAAUCCAAGUAUUACUGCAAGGUUGAUCCCAGACAACCAAGAACCUUUCUGCCCUGGAGUGUACCCUGAUACUGCACUGAUUCUAUCUUUUUUAAAAAUUAUUGUUUUAUUAUAAAUGAACCACACCCUGAUUUCUUAAAGGGGCCCUGCACUCUGGUGGGUGAUGUGUUGUCUCUCUGGCAGUGAGUGAGUCAAUUCAGUCGGUAGUUUCCUGUGAGCUGCCUAAUUUUCCUUUUCUGGAAACAUUUUUUUUUUCUGAAGAGUUUGGGAUGCCUGGGGGGAAAAAGGUGGGCCCUAGUGGCAGUGGUGCCAUUGCUGCCUCUGGGGUCAGGAGAUCUGAAACCAGUGAAGGGGCCUCAGCGCAGAGGGAAGAAGAGCAAGAAGAAGAAGGGGAUGAAGACCUCCGAGAUGGAGGGGUCCCCUUCUUUGUUAACCGGGGUGGGCUGCCCGUGGAUGAGGCCACCUGGGAGAGGAUGUGGAAACACGUGGCCAAGAUUCACCCCGAUGGAGAGAAGGUGGCACAGGGGAUCCGAGGGGCCACAGACCUGCCCAAGACUCCCAUACCAAGUGUGCCUACAUUCCAGCCGUCCACAUCUAUCCCUGAGCGCCUGGAAGCCAUACAGCGUUAUAUCAGGGAGCUGCAGUACAAUCAUACAGGGACACAGUUCUUUGAAAUUAAGAAGAGCAGACCUCUGACUGGGCUGAUGGACCUGGCUAAGGAGAUGACCAAAGAGGCUCUGCCAAUCAAAUGCCUAGAAGCUGUGAUCCUGGGAAUUUACCUCACCAACAGCAUGCCCACACUGGAGCGCUUCCCCAUCAGCUUCAAAACCCACUUCUCAGGGAAUUACUUCCGACACAUCGUGCUGGGGGUGAACUUUGGGGGUCGCUAUGGAGCGCUAGGCAUGAGCCGCCGUGAGGACCUCAUGUACAAGCCUCCCACUUUCCGCACGCUUAGUGAGCUGGUCCUGGAUUAUGAGGCUGCCUACCAGCGCUGCUGGCAUGUCCUGAAGAAGGUGAAGCUUGGCCAGUGUGUUUCUCAUGACCCCCAUAGCGUGGAGCAGAUUGAGUGGAAACACUCUAUCUUGGACGUGGAGAAGCUGGGGCGAGAGGACUUCCGGAAGGAGCUAGAGAGGCACGCCAGAGACAUGAGGCUAAAGAUUGGCAAAGGGACCGGCCCACCCUCUCCUACCAAGGAUCGGAAAAAGGACGUAUCCUCCCCACAGAGGAGCCAGUCCAGUCCACACCGCCGCAACAGCCGAGGAGAGAGACGACCAUCUGGUGAAAAGAAGCCUGCUGAACCCAAAGCCAUGCCAGACCUCAAUGGGUACCAAAUCCGGGUGUGAGGUGAGUGGUGAUGAUACCACUUGCUCCACAGACUUGCCACUACUCCCUCCGCCACAGGACCAAGAGCCACCCACCGUGAGCC